AUGUGCGUCGCCGAACUCUGCGUCACAGUGCUCCCGUGCCAGCAUCGCUGGUACCACCUCGUUCGACCCUGCAGUCCCUCCAGCAACCUCUCCACAUGCGGGAAGAAGCUAGGCAUCUCAGGCUGGGAAGUCAAGGUCGAACACUGCCCCUACUGUCAAGGCCACGUUUCUGAGUUUGAAUACAAACUCAUUGGCGAUGGCCCAGCGCCACCCGUCGGAUCACUGUCAGGCCUUGCGCGCGCACAUUCGACUUCCCUGAACGCAGCCCGACGCGAUAUCCGUCUCGACAACAUCACCAGGAGCGACAGUGCCACAAGUGUUGGCAGCAAGAGUAGUUUAGUCACAGCUGCGUCGGAGAAGAACCGCGCCAUGAACUCUCGACUGGACGCCUACUUCUUCCCCUCUACCGACUCGCCAUACCCAUCUGUACGAGAAGACGACAACGAGAGCGGCGUUGCAAGCCCGAGUGACACCUCCAGUAACGAUCAUACCAGCGUGCGACAAGCCUCUAUGUCUACUGAACCCUACAAAGUCAACAUGUUUUCGCGCGUGCGGCGAAGGACCAAGCGCCUUUCUGGCAUAUUCAGAUGA